CCCAAGUCGAACGUCGCUAGGCCAAACCACAUGCACGGAGACGAGUUAUUAAUUAAAGCCACGCUUUCGCUCCGGCUAUGAGAUAUGAUAUUGUGCAACAAAGUGGUGUCGAAUAACUUUUUGCCCCAAUCUUCAAUCAUGCACACGCUCGCGCCGAUCUACCUGUCCUUGUUCCUUUUCUUAUCCUGCAACGCCGCUUCUACAACCGAAAACCCACAGGCGCCUUACACCCCAGCUGAUCAUCUUUUCCUGGACUGUGGUUCAUCCUCCAGCCAAACUUUCGAUGGACGAUUUUGGAAAGAAGAUUCACAAUUCUCUCCUAAAUCAUCCUUACCCUCCACCGCCACCGAACAAAGCCCUUCGGUUCCCGUCAUCCCUUACACGACUGCUCGCAUCUUUCACUCCGUCUCCACCUACUCCUUCUCCCUCUCACCUGGUCCAAAGUUCCUCCGCCUCUACUUCUACCCUGCUACAUAUCACGGGCACGAUAAAACCAACUCCUAUUUCUCUGUCAUGGCCAAUGGUUUCACGCUCUUAAACAAUUUUAGUGCCUUCCUCACUGUUUCCGCACUGGGAAGUGCAAAGCUCGUUAAUGAAUACAUCGUCAACGUGCAAACAAAUCAGAGGCUCAACGUAACUUUUAUUCCAUUGCCAAACUCUUACGCCUUCAUUAACGGAAUUGAAGUCGUUUCUAUGCCCGGCUACCUCUACACUGGUCGUAGAGAAGACGCCGUCACCUUCAUUGAUGUCAAUGCUAUCCUCGAUAAUUCCACUGCUCUUGAGACCGUUUACAGGUUAAACGUCGGUGGAAAAGAAGUCUCGGGUAAAGAAGAUACUGGCCGAAUGUUCCGUGAAUGGAAACAGGACGAGGAAUAUGUUUCUGGCGUCGCUGGGACGACGCCCAUUAACACCAGUUUUAAGAUUCAAUACACUGCGGACACGCCAGCCUACACGGCGCCGGAGAUAGUUUACACUACCUUCCGUAAAAUGGAUAGAAAUCCUCAAGUCAACCUCAAGUACAAUCUCACGUGGAUCUUCCCUGUCGAUGUUGGAUUUCUUUAUCUUGUUAGGCUCCAUUUCUGCGAGCUUGAGCCGGAGGUUACGGAACCGUAUCAGCUAGUGUUUACAAUAUACAUCAAUAAUCAGACGGCGGAGUCUCAAUUCGACGUGAUGUACUGGAGUAAGGGUAGGAGAAAGAUUCCUGUCUACAAAGACUACGUGGUAUGGGUGCACAAUGAAAGACAAGGCAAGCAAGAUUUAUGGCUAGCGCUUCACCCUAACAUGGGAUCAAAACCACAAUAUGCUGACGCAUUUUUGAACGGUCUAGAAAUAUUCAAGUUGAACCAAUCCAAUGGUGGUCUCGCCGGGCCGAACCCUGACCCGUUACAGAUGACACCUCCGCCAAUUUCAACCGGAAACAGAGCAUCGAUAAAGUCCAAAAGUAAUUGGGCACUAAUAAUUGCAAUCAUUGGCGGGGCAGUUACUGGCGUAGCUCUACUCGCCAUUCUUGGUUUCUUGACCAUUCGGCUGACUAAGAGAGCAACGGCCUUGGGCUCCGCCGGUGGUUAUUCUUGGCGGAGUCUACUUUGUUCCACUACGACCAAGUCAACCAAGACGGAAGGCUCAUCUUUACCGUCAGAUUUAUGUCGUUGCUUUUCAUUUUCUGAAAUCAAAGCCGCCACAAACAAUUUUGACGAUGUUUUGAUCAUCGGGGUUGGAGGAUUCGGAAACGUGUACAAGGGGUACGUUGAUGAUGGGACCACCCAAGUUGCAAUCAAACGGCUGAAAUCAGGCUCCAAACAAGGAUUUCACGAGUUCGCGACCGAGAUUACGACGCUCUCCCAGCUACGACACCUCCAUCUGGUGUCUUUGAUUGGCUACUGCAACGAUGACCACGAAAUGAUACUUGUUUAUGAUUACAUGCCUCGUGGGACCCUUGGCGAUCAUCUCUACAACACCGAUAAUCCUCCUCUAUCGUUGAAGCAACGGCUCCAGAUCUGCAUCGGUGCGGCACGAGGGUUGCAGUACCUCCACACCGGUGCAAAGCACAUGGUCAUUCACCGAGACGUGAAGACGACGAAUAUCCUUUUGGAUGAGAAAUGGGUGGCCAAGGUUUCUGAUUUCGGCCUCUCCAAAACCGGACCAACUAGUGUGUCCAGCACCCAAAUAAACACGGAGGUCAAAGGUAGCUUCGGGUAUUUGGACCCGGAAUAUAUCAGACUUCAGAAGCUGACUGAAAAGUCCGACGUAUACUCGUUCGGCGUAGUGUUGUGUGAAGUACUGUCGGCAAGGCCACCGAUUUUUCGUGCGGCCGAGAAGAACAAAGUGAGCCUUGUAGAGUGGGUCCGAGAAUGCUAUAACGGCGACAUGCUUGAUCAGAUUAUUGAUCCUUUUGUGAAGGGAGAGAUCACACCCGAGUGUUUGAAGAAGUUUGUGGAUCUCGCAGUGAGUUGUUUACUAGAUGACGGAAGCGAACGGCCUUCUAUGAACGACGUCGUGGGGAGUCUUGAGUUUGCAUUACAACUGCAGGAGAGCGGCAAUGAUAUCGGCCGUGGUGGGGACACAAAGGGACCCCUCGUUCAAAAGUUCGGGAUAAGUGAUAGCGAUGACAUGCUUACUUCUUUUAGCGAAGGUUUAUUCAAUGCAGUGAUGAUCAGCAGCAAUCUGACCAAUACAAGCAGUACUGGAGACGGCAGUUUGUCUACUAAGGAGUUCAGUACUUGCUCCAUGUCCGGGAGUAAUACUCAUGUGUUCUCUGAGCUUAUGGAUGGGAAUGCGCGAUAGAGGAAUAAUCGUUGAAAUUCCUAGCAAACCUAAGAAAAGUAAUUUAGCUCGAGGGCAGAUCACAUGGGAAAGGCCCACGUGCGUAUGUCAUUUCUACGUGGAAUGGUGUAGUUCUAUUUAUUUUACGAGUUUUAUUUUCGGUAGUAUAUCUUGGAGACUUGGACCGGAGUUGCUGUACUUGCUUCGUUGCUUGUUUCAUUGUUAUCAUUUGGAGUCCAAAUUUAGUAAGAAUUUAGAUGUGAACAAUGAUCA